AGAAGUAGAGAUAGCUAAAAACACAAACACAGAGUGUGUGUGUAAGUAAACAAAAAAAAAAAACACUCACACAGUCUCACACACACAACAUGCCGAUCAGAAACAUAGCAGUGGGAAGGCCUGCGGAGGCGACUCACCCAGAUGCCUUGAAAGCAGCUUUAGCCGAGUUCAUUUCCACGCUCAUUUUCGUCUUUGCUGGUGAGGGCUCAGGCAUGGCUUUUAAUAAGCUCACUGACAAUGGCUCGACCACCCCAGCUGGCCUCGUCGCCGCUGCACUAGCUCACGCUUUCGCUCUUUUCGUCGCCGUAUCAGUCGGAGCCAACAUCUCCGGUGGCCACGUCAACCCGGCUGUCACCUUUGGUGCCUUCGUCGGUGGCAAUAUCACCCUCCUACGUGGCAUCCUCUACUGGAUUGCCCAGCUUCUCGGAUCCACCGUCGCUUGCUUGCUCCUUAAGUUCGCCACCAACGGCAUGACCACGAGUGCUUUCUCUCUAUCCUCGGGAGUGGGUGUGUGGAACGCUUUCGUUUUGGAGAUCGUGAUGACUUUCGGGCUGGUGUACACGGUGUACGCCACGGCAAUUGAUCCAAAGAAGGGUAGUUUGGGAACUAUAGCUCCAAUAGCGAUCGGUUUCAUCGUGGGAGCUAAUAUUCUAGCUGGUGGGGCUUUUGAUGGGGCUUCAAUGAACCCAGCCGUGUCGUUUGGGCCUGCGUUGGUGAGCUGGUCCUGGGCGAACCACUGGGUUUACUGGGCUGGGCCUCUGAUCGGAGGUGGGAUCGCUGGUCUUGUGUACGAGUUCUUCUUUAUUAGCCGCAGCCAUGAACAGCUCCCCACUACAGACUACUGAGAAUUGGAAAAAUUGUGAAAUGUGAUGGAUUUGGAUUAAAUGAACAGUUGCACGGCUUUUUCUUUAUGUAUUUACUUGUUUUGGAGGGUUGUUCUUUGUGUUUAAUCUGUCUCCGUUUAUCCUUUUUUUUCACCAUCAUGAUCUUUAUUCAACUGUUUUUUUUUCCUUGGAUUUAAGUUAUCAUUGUGAAUUUGAAGGCCAGCUUUAUGAUUGA